GUGGACGCACGUUUCAGCGUCUCCAAGACUGUCUCCAACCACCACCAGUCCACCACAGUUUGGAGAUCGGCGGCAGGCUGCAGGCCGCACCCGAGGCGAGCUGGGCCGGCCGGCGAUGGCGGGGUCCGGCGGCCAGGACGACUCGUGGGAGUACAGCCUGCGCAAGUACCUCCUCCUGCUGGCCUCGCUGGUGGCCACGGUGACGUACGGCGCGGGGUUCAACCCGCCCGGCGGCGUCUGGCAGGCCGCCGACCGCGACAAGGGCCGCAUCGCCGGCGACCCCAUCAUCCGCGAGACCAACCACGCCCGCUACCUGGCCUUCUUCUACGGCAACGCCACCGCCUUCGCCUCCUCGCUCGUGGUCAUCGUCCUCAUCCUCAUCCUCUCCAUCCUGCACGACCGGGGCGGGAUCCGCCGCCUGGCCCCGGUGCUCGCCAUCCUCCGCUCCGUCAUGGUGCUCGACCUGCUCAGCCUCAUGGGCGCCUACGCCGCCGGCACGUUCCGGGACGUGCUCACCGCCGUCUACUCCCUCGUCCUGCUCGCCGGCGUCGUCGCCUACCUCGUGGUCCACCUGGCGCCGGACAAGGGACGGGACGCCGGCGAGCCGCCCGCGGCGCCGCAGGAGGAGGAGGAGGAGGAGGAGGAGGAGGAUGCCGACAGCGCGGAGGGACAGCGGCCGGCCCGCGGGUCCCCUGCGGAGGGGACGGCGGCGGACAAGAGCGCGCUGCUGCGGCUCCGCAAGGUGCUGUUGCUGCUGGCGACGUUCGCGGCGAGCGUGACCUUCGCGGCGGGGCUGAGCGCGCCGGGCGGCUUCUGGGACCACGCCGAGGACGACCACCGGCCGGGCGACGCGGUGCUCAAGGGCGGGCCCCACGACGCGCGCCUCAAGGCCUUCUUCGUCUGCAACACCACCGCGUUCGUCGCGUCCCUGCUCAUCCUCGUCAUGCUGCUGGAGAAGAGGCUCUAUUUCAGCGAGAAGGUGCGGUCUCGGGAGCUCUACGGGCUCAUCGCCGUCGUGCUGCUCGGCCUCGUCGCGGCGUACGCCGCCGGCAGCAGCCGGGAGGUCGACACCACCGUCUAUGUCACAUCUCUGGUUGGGGCCGUCGUUGUGUGCGUUCUCGUCCAAGUGGUGUUUGUUUGCCUCUUCAGUGGCAAUGGCAAUGGCAAUGGCAGUGAUGGGCAGCAACAGCAAACCCAAGUCCCUGACAAUGGCAAUGGCAGUGAGCAGCAGCAGCAGCAGCAAACCCAUGGUCCUAAUAAUUGCAAUGGCAGUGAUGAGCAGCAGCAGCAGCACCACCACCAACAACAACCUCCGCAGACUCUCAACGGCAAUGGCAGUGAUCAGCACGAGGUCGAAGAUCAACAAACUACCAAGCUGGAGAGGGCUCGCUCCCUUGUCCUGCUGCUCGCCACUCUCGCCGCGGCCAUCACCUACCAAGCAGGCCUCAACCCGCCGGGCGGGCUCUGGCAGAACAACGACCGAGGCGGCCGCUACAUGGCCGGCGACCCGAUCCUCCUGACCGAGAGCCCGAGGCGGUUCAAGGCGUUCUACUACUGCAACUCGAUCGCCUUCGUGGCCUCCCUUGUCGCCAUCAUCCUGGCGAGGAUGAAGACCCUGCACCACCACAACGCGCUCGAGGCCGCCAUGGUGCUGGACCUGUUCGGCCUCAUCGGCGCGUACGCCGCCGGGAGCUGCCGGGACGUGAGCACCUCCGUCUACGCCGUGGCCCUGGCCGGCGCCGUCCUGGUCUACGUGGUGAUCCACGUCGUGUUCCUGACGCUGGACCACGAGGCCGCCGGAGUGCGCGGCGGAGCCUCGCCGGAGAAGGAGAGGAAGGCCGAGGAGUUGCUGGAGAAGAGGCGCAAGCGGCUGCUCCUCUUCGCGAUCCUGGCGGCCACCAUCACCUACCAAGCCGGGCUGACCCCGCCGGGCGGCUUUCUGGUCAACGACGACGGCGGCCGUGCCGGCGACCCCGUCCUGCUCAACAACUACCCGCGGCGGUUCAAGGCGUUCUACUACUGCAACUCGGUGAGCUUCAUGCUGUCCAUCGCCCUCAUCAUCCUCCUCGUCAACCCCAACCUGUACCGGCCGGCCAUCCGGAGCAAUGCGCUGUCGGUCUGCACGGCAGCCGGCCUGAUGGGCAUCAUGGGCGGCUACGCCGCCGGCUGCACGCAGCAUCUCAAGACAUCCAUCUACAUCUUCGUGCUGGCGGCUCUGGUUCUCUCCUUCGUGGUUGUGCUGGUCGCAGUGUUCUUCGUGAAGCAUCUGAGAACAACACAAGAGGACAGGCACAAUGGUGCUAGCAACAGCAGCAGCAGCAGAGCUGCAGCUGAGAACAAUGCCAUGGGAGAGGAGCAGCCACCUCCAGCUGCCCCUGUCGUCGUCGCUGAGGCAGGGCGAGUUCGGCGGAAGAAGAAGGUGCUGCACGCCAAGCGCAAGUACCUGAUGCUGCUGGGGAUCCUCGCAGCGAGCGUGACCUACCAGGCCGGCCUGGCGCCGCCGGGCGGGUCGUGGCAGUCGAACGACGGCGAGCACACCGCGGGGGACCCGGUGAUGCACGACAACCGGAGGCCCCGGUACCGGGCCUUCUUCUACAGCAACUCCACCUCCUUCGUGGCGUCCGUGGUGGUCAUCGUCCUGCUGCUGCCGCCGUCGCUACACGAGCAGCCGUGGUGGCUCGGGGUGAUGAACGCCACCAUCGUGCUGGACCUGGCCGGCCUCCUGGUCGCCUACGCCGCCGGGUCCGGCCGGACGUGGAAGACCUCCGUGAAGGUCUCGGCGCUCGUCGUCGCCGUGCUGGCCUAUUUCGCCAUCCAUGUGUUGCUGUCGCGCUGCAGCAGGAGAGGUAAUAACAAGAAGACUGCUCCGGCGGCCUCCGCCGCCGACCCGAACGAAGAGGCCAACGGUGGGCUUCAGGCACAGCUCGAGCUUUCUGCUACUGAGUGUGUAGAAUAAUGGAGAUGCCUGUCUUUGCAUUUCAUUUUUGGCCCCUUUUAGAUUUUGUAGUCUACGUGAUGUAAGUUGAGCUGUAGAUCAGAUGAGUACCUACCGUCAAGCUCUUAGUUUGAAGCAAGUUGAGGAGAGAGAGAGAAAAAAAAGGCAAAAUCCCUUUUCUGAUGAAAAUUUUAAAUCCCUAGUUCCCUACUGAUCUCUGUCAUUGAACCCCCUGGCUUGCACAAAGGCUCCAUGACAGCACUCAGUUUCCAGAGGAA